UUUGCGCUGCGCUGUAUAAUGCAGCUAGUAAUUGUCGGUUUCCUUGUGUCCACCUGGCUCGCUUUAAUUCGCUUAUCGUUCAUAUUUUUCAUUUCAUUGCGUAGAAAACWUUCAUUUACGUCCUUUGGUCCAAUCUACGAUGCAUCUAGUGCUUUGGAUGUCGAUAUUCACUAUACAUGUAACCAAUGUGGUUUCAAAUCAAGUUUGUUCCAUCAACUGCACAUGUGAGAAUUCUCCGCUAUAUGGCCUUUCUGUCAAAUGUAGCAGCAUAUCCUCGGUGCCUGAAGGCAUUCCACUGCAAACCAAAUGGCUUGACCUUUCCUUCAAUGAGUUGCGGAAAAUAGAUCGUGGGAUCUUUAGGAAACUGAAAUCUCUUGUUAGUCUCAAAAUUGGUGAUAACAGUUUGUCUUAUUUAUCUCCUGGGAUGUUCGAUGRACUUGAAUUUCUCCUCACUCUGUGA